GCAUCUCUGGCAGCCGUCACAACCAUAGAUGUCUAUGGUCACAACACCGUGUGCUGCCCGCUGAGCUGACAGCUAGCUAGCAGCUACUAGCCGGGGCUCUGCAGUCGGAGGACCGGGGGUGGGGGGUAAUGUUUCCCGGAGCCAGAGCCGUAGACGGAGGUUUGUGCACCGCCAACUCAUGGCGGCCGAAAUUCAGCCCCAACCGCAGGCUAGGAAGCCAUGUCUGCUGAGCAAAAUCGAGGCUUUCCAAGAUGUUGUGACCACGGCGGUUAUCAUUCCCAAGGAAGACGGCGUUAUCAGCGUGUCCGAGGACAGGACAAUCCGGGUAUGGCUGAAGAGAGACAGCGGUCAGUACUGGCCCAGUGUCUACUACACAAUGACAACGUCAUGCUCCUGUAUGUCCUUUAACCCUGAGACCAGGAGGCUGUCUGUAGGGAUGGACACUGGAAGUAUCUGUGAGUUCAUCCUGUCAGAAGACUACAAUAAGAUGACCCCAGCAAGCACUUGCCAGGCCCAUCAGGGCAGAGUGACCGUGGUGCUGUUUGUGUUGGAGAUGGAGUGGCUUCUGAGCACCGGCCAGGACAAAAACUUCAACUGGCACUGCUCAGAGAGCGGCCAGCAGCUGGGGACGUAUCGCACCGCCGCCUGGGUUACAGGACUACAGUUUGAUGUGGAGACCAGACAUGCCUUCGUAGGGGACCAGUCUGGUCAGGUGACCAUCCUGAAGCUGGAGCAGGACAGUUGUAGCCUGGUUACCACCUUCAAGGGACACACAGGUAAUGUGACGGCGCUGUGUUGGGACCCGGUCCAGAGGGUGCUGUUCUCCGGCAGCUCAGACCACUCCAUCAUCAUGUGGGACAUCGGAGGCCGCAAAGGCACUGCCAUCGAACUGCAAGGACACAAUGACAAGGUUCAGGGCUUGUGCUACGCCUCACACACUCGUCAGCUCAUCUCCUGCAGCUCAGAUGGAGGUAUCGUCAUCUGGAACAUGGACGUAACACGACAAGAGACUCCAGAGUGGUUGGACAGUGACUCCUGUCAGAAGUGUGAGCAGCCUUUCUUCUGGAACUUCAAACAGAUGUGGGACAGCAAGAAGAUUGGCCUGCGACAGCACCACUGUAGGAAGUGUGGCCAGGCGGUGUGUGGCAAAUGUUCGUCCAAACGCUCAACCAUCCCCCUCAUGGGCUUCGAGUUCGAGGUGCGUGUGUGUGACAGCUGCCACGAGUCCAUCACUGACGAGGAUCGAGCACCCACAGCCACCUUCCACGACAGCAAGCACAGCAUUGUUUACAUGCACUAUGAGCCCACAACUGGGAAUCUGCUCACCUCUGGCACCGACAAGGUUAUCAAGCUGUGGGACAUGACUCCUGUGGUGUCCUGAGGUCUGCGGGAAGCUCUGUUCACCAAACUGUGGUCGCUUCACGGUGGCAGUCACACUUGGAAGAGGAAAGAAGGAAGCAUAUCCAACAAUUAUCAAUGUCAACUGGAUAAUAUUUAACAGUAAUUCAACAACAAGCAGUGGCUGUUGCAUGUUCGCAGUGAGGACGCUGCAGGCCGGUGGAGCCUUGGAACAGAACGGGCCUCGGUUGUCACAAGGUUACAGAUGGUUGUGGGUGUUUGUAUGUGUGAAGGGUACUGUUGAGUGGGGGAUCUGUGUGUAUGUGUGUGUGUAUGUCUGUACUAUAUCAGAGUGUGUGGUAGGGCUUUAUAAGGAUUUGACACACCUUAUUUACUUAAUUUUCAUGCAUUCCUGCCGAUUUCAUACUGGAAACUCAUGAAACAGUAACUGAAACAUUUCUGCGCUAUGUCAGCAAGUACCGUUAAACCCAAACUUUUAAACUUGGUUUUAGAUGUGAAGCACUUCAUGAAACUGGACCAUAACUCACUCACUCACACUCACAUUUAGCAGGCUGUAGGUUCUCCACAAGAGGAGGCUGUUUGAUCUGUUCUACAGCUGCUAACCUGGCCGCCUACAGUAAACAAGAGGAACAGCAGCAAGCUUGUUUCAGCUGCAAUUUUUGUAUUCUUCAGCUCUUGAAGGAAAAUUUUAAGGUUGGGAAUUAAUCUAUUCUGGUUAGGAACUACUCUAUCCAUCUGCAGCAUGACAUAAGAGGACAGCGAGGCUGCAAUUAGACCAAAUAUUGUGUUGCAGCGAAAAACGCCUGUCCUCCACAGGGGAGGAGACACUAAAACAUGCUGCCUUUUGCAGAAUUAAGUCAGACUUCUGGAGAAACUGUAGACUGCAUAAGAAGCAGACAGUAUAUACACAUAGCCAAUCGUGUAACCACAGAGUCUGUGAGAGUACAGUAAUUACAGAGUGCUUUUUUGCAGUUCAAGGUGUCCUGUCAACAGUUUUACAGGCAUCUCUUUUACCAUUGUGUAUGGGGAAAAUGCUUUUUGUCCCACAGGGGGAUGUUUAGCUGCAAGACCACUAGUGGCCUCUGGAAAAAAUGAUGACACUAUGUCCGCAUACAAGAUUUACGGUUGAUUUCAAACCAUAAAAUGGAGAUUUUUAAAAAAUAUAUAUUAGGUAAGAAAUGUCAAUAUCAAUUCCAGCAUUGAUGACGGUACAGUUAUAUAACUUAGAUUAUGAUUUACAGCUGAGGAAAACAUGGUAAAAAGUGCAGUGCUACUUUAAAUACCACUCCUCCACUGCUGCACAAUCCUGCAGCUUAUGACCACAUCACCUGAUUUAGUGUGAAUGUAGACUUCGUUGUAAUUUGGACGUGUUUAAAAUGUGACUCGUUGCCUGCAGGUGUGUCAGGCGAGUGUCACCACUGUAGAAGCUGUUGUUAAUGUUGGUUUCUCAUGAGCAUAAGUACAGUUACUACCGUUACUGUUCCUGCUAAUGGGUGGAACAGGUUGGACUGAAACAGCUGAUCCUGGUUUCAGGUGCUUCACUUCAACUUCUCUUUGUGGUCUUGUUAUCAUGUCAUAUCAUAUCAAGAGUAAAAGAAACUGAUCUCAGCCACAUUGGAUUUGGCAUAAUAUAACUUGCUGUGGAAACGGUUAAUUUAAGUCCCUUAAAAUGUACACUUUUCCUAAAAAAGGCUGCUGUACCUCACAUCAGCCAUUGGAGUAGAGGGGUUUUGAGAUAUUGGGAAGCAUUUCUGAUCUACACCAAUCCUGUUAAUCUCAAAUUUUAUCUGAGCGUUGGAAGCCCAGGUUUGUACACAUUGAAGUCUCAAAAUUGUGUAUCACCUGAAUAUCCAAUUGCCCUUCGACCAAAUUAUCUCUCUCCUAGAAGCUAUUAAUGUUAAUGCACCCAGUUCACUGAGGGUUACAGAAAAACUGGAUAUCAAGCAAAGCUCUUAACCUUACAGAGUUGGUCCUGCAGCAAAAACAUUUUCAGACUCAGAACUUUAUUUUAAGUUUCCAAAGAUACAAAAUAUGUAUGGCUAAAAUUUGGGGGGAAAUGUGGAAAUGGAGUCUUAAACAUCUUCCAUAUCUUCAUAUGGAAUAUAUCUGUAAUACUGUAGAGAAAACUUUUAAUCUCUCUCAUCUUAAAGAAGGUUGAAAAUCAAAGUUUAAGAGGUCAUGAUACUGUAAGACCUCAUAUUUUUGCUCAAAGUGUGGAGUAAAUCUGUCAGUUAUCUGUAAAUUAACCAAUCAGACUGCUUGCUGAUCCGUGUAUGUUCUCUACUGUCAGCUGUUUUGAGAUUAUUUAUUAUUCUGUGUGUGGUCUUAAUGUUUCUGACAUAUCAUCGAGGUAAUCAGUGGCAGCACAAGCACAUGUAUCAGGACUGAAAGGAAACUAAUGAACAUAUGAUUUUUUUCUCUACUGUAUAUGUCAAUGCACUGGAAUCAAGAAGCAGAAAAAACGUCACAAAUCGCUGCUGUGAAGAGAAAAUAUGAUUUUUUUGUGAUUAUCAAGUUUGUGCUUUAAUGAUCAGAUGGUAACUAAUAUUCUUCUGCUCAAACCCCACUGAAUACUUUCCAAAGAUGUUUAAUAUUUAGAUUGAAAAAAAGGUUAUGUGAAAGACUUUAUCCAACAGUAGAGAAGUGAGGAAUUGUUGGCUUGACUGUUUAUAAAAAGAAAUGUGUCUGCACUUUCACAUCUACCCAUAAAGGUACAUUAUAGCAGCUGUUUACUCAUGAAUGUGAGCCUGUGGGUACUAAAACUUUAAAGGACCAUACCAGUGUUUUCUUUUC